UUCAUUCUCGUUUCUUUUCUAACCCUAAUCAUGGCCGCGUAACCAUGCUUAAUCCUGAAGCACGACCUUGGAACUGGCGACUGGUCGCUAGCCUGAAAUGCAACUUAAACAUUCCGCUCACACUCCAACCCGAUGCCCAGUUUGGAUGCCCAAUCCCCAUUGACGAUACGGUUGAGCUGCGCCCCGUGAGAUGGUCACCGUGGACGCACCUCCCACUCUGUGUGAACGCCACGGCUGAUCCUGCCGCAAAAUACUGCGUCUUCACCAAUUCCCGGCAUGGCGUCGGGGGCAUCAGCUUGAUCACAACGCCGCAGGUGGCGGCGGAUAGCGUCGGGAUAUUGAACGAGCCUGUCCUUUCUAAUGUUCGGCUGACCAACAACACGGAGAAUGACAGCUCCGAUGUCCCGUAUGAAAUGAUCGACAUGCCGGGCAAGGGCAAGGGCAUCGUGGCCAAGCGACGCAUCUCAAAGCACGAGACAUUCAUGGUCGACUAUGCGUCGAUGCUCGUCGACGUGAACUUCCCCUUUUUAGUGAAGCGGGAGCACGGGUACCCACUCCUUCACAGCGCGGCGGACCAACUGUCGGACCCGCAGAGGGUCUACGCACUUGGGAAGAGCGACGCACUGGCACGGGAUGUCAUAGAAAAUGUGCUGAGGACAAAUGCAUUCCAGUCGAAUUUCGCGAGUGUACCACAUAUAGUGCUCUAUCCAUUAGUUUCUAGAAUCAACCACGCCUGCAGGCCAAAUGCCUUCCAAAGAUUCGUCCCGCGGAGCCUGGCCGCUACCGUGGCUGCCGCCCGGACAAUCGAGCCGGGAGAAGAAAUCACCAUCAGCUAUAUUGGAGGCGGGAAAACUUUCGUCGACCGGCAAGCCGGCCUCAAAAGAUGGGGAUUCAAGUGCUCCUGCGACCUCUGCUCGGCACCGGGCAACGAAGUCUCCGCCUCGGACACGCGACGUCUGAAGAUCCAGAGCAACCAUGAGAAAGUAGUGAAGGCAUACGAAAAUAGAGACGCCGCCACGGCUGUAAAGCUCACGCACGACAUACUAGACCUCAUGAGAGAGGAGGAUCUGUUCCUGCUAUACGCCGAGCAGUACGAGAAUCUAGCGAGGAUAUACUGGGCGAGCGGGAACAGGGAGAACGCCCAGAAGUACGCGAAAAUGUCGAUGGCGGAACUGGAGAAGCUAGGCUUCACCGAGUCUGAAUCGGAGCAGCUGCAGCUGAUUCUUGAAGAGUCUUGACGAUGACUUGAAAGGCUAGCAUCAAAAUUACAGCCAAGAAUAUAUUCAAAUAGAAUAAUUGACUCUUGGGGUCCUGAAU